AUGACGUUCGGAGUGAAACUCGAGAUGUUGGCCUACGCACCUCGCAAGAUUAACCCUAGAGACCACCUCACCAGUGCCCUCAAAAAGCCCAUCUCCCUUCGUUGCUCCCAUUGUGCUGAGGAUCACUCCUGGAAAUUGCCUGUCGAGGGUGUGCUCAAUAGCCAUGGUUUCGUCACCGCUUUUACUACUUGGACCAUCCACCGCGAUCCCUCAGUCUACUCUGAAAAGGACGAGGAAGCCCGGGUCAAGAGAGGCUCAUCGCAAUUUUACAGCCUCGAGCUCGUUUCAAGGGUCUUGAACUUCUGCAGCCUCACCCCCGAUCCCGUCGGUCAAACGUAUCCAUGCACCGGUGAGCUCUUCAUGUGGGACUCACAAACGGAAAUCAACGCUUUCAUCCAAAGAAUUCAUGAAGCUUUCUCAGGUGAAGGCUACUGCGUUGCUACCAACAAGAAUUGCGGUUUUCAUAUCCACUUCGGCAAUGGUAAGCGCCAGCCUCCUAUAAAGGCCGCCCUUGGUAUGGUUGGUGUCUUCGCCUGUCUUGAGCGACACUUUGAUCAGAUCUUCCCAGCAUCCAGGAUCUGA